AUGUCUCUUCUCGGCACUAUAAAUCCUAAUCUUAAUCCUUCCCGCUCUGUCGGUGGUCGCGGUCAGGGCGACGAUGACGAUGACCACAACAACCGCCGUCACCAUCUCGGCGGUCAUCCCCAAUCCAGCACCCUGAGUACAGCCGAAACCGCCCUGGAGAAGGAAAGCGAGUAUGGCGAUGACUCUUCGGAGGAAGAGGUCGUUGAGCAGAUCACCCGUCUCGCCCAGCAACUGACUCGCGAGUCCACCCGCUUCUCCACCUCCGACAAUGCUCUGAACUCCUUCCUGGGCGUCGAUGAAGACUCGACUCUGAACCCCCAUGGGCCCAACUUCAAGGCGAGGCAUUGGAUGAAGAACCUGCUCGCCCUCUCCUCUCGGGACCCCGAGCUGUACCCUCGACGGGAGGCAGGCGUUGCCUUCAAGGGCGUCAGUGUUCACGGCUUUGGUAGUCCUACCGACUACCAGAAGGAUGUGUUCAACGCGGUUCUGCAGAUUGGUGCCCUCUUCCGUAUGGCCACGGGAACCGGAAAGCAGAAGAUCCAAAUUCUGCGCGACUUCGAUGGUCUCGUCAGGAGCGGCGAGAUGCUGGUUGUCCUGGGACGACCCGGCAGCGGCUGCACCACUUUCCUCAAGACCCUUGCAGGAGAGAUGAACGGUAUCUACAUGGACGAAAGCUCCCACAUGAAUUAUCAGGGUAUCUCGCCUAAGCAGAUGAUGACCCAGUUCCGUGGCGAGGCUAUCUACACCGCCGAAACGGAUGUCCACUUCCCCCAAUUGUCCGUGGGAGAUACCCUCAAGUUCGCCGCUCUGGCCCGGUGCCCCCGAAACCGUUUCCCAGGUGUCACCAAGGAACAGUACGCCUUGCAUAUGCGGGAUGCUGUCAUGGCCAUGUUGGGUCUUUCGCACACCAUCAACACCCGAGUCGGAAACGACUUCGUUCGUGGUGUGUCCGGUGGUGAGCGAAAGCGUGUCAGUAUCGCCGAAGCCACCCUGAGUGGAAGUCCCCUGCAGUGCUGGGAUAACAGUACCCGUGGUUUGGACAGCGCCAACGCUCUCGAAUUCUGCAAGACCCUUAACCUUAUGACGAAAUAUGCCGGUGCUACCGUCGCUGUCGCCAUCUAUCAGGCGUCCCAGAGUGCGUACGACGUGUUCGAUAAGGUGACCGUCUUGUACGAGGGCCGGCAGAUCUACUUUGGCCGCACCGAUGAGGCGAAGCAGUUCUUCACGGAUAUGGGCUUUGAAUGCCCUGACCGCCAGACUACCGCCGAUUUCCUCACCUCUCUGACCAGCCCAUCUGAGCGGAUUGUGAAGAAGGGCUACGAGGACAGAGUCCCCCGCACCCCUGAUGAAUUUGCCGCCGCCUGGAAGAACAGUGAGGCACAUGCCAAACUGAUCAGGGAGAUUGACGAAUACAACCAGGAAUAUCCUCUCGGAGGCGAGGCGUUGGGCAAAUUCAUCGAGUCACGCAAGGCCAUGCAGGCUAAGAGCCAGCGUGUGGGAUCUCCCUACACUGUUUCCGUCUAUGAACAAGUUAAUCUCUGCAUGGUCCGAGGCUUCCAGCGUCUCAAGGGUGAUGCUAGUUUGACCAUAUCCCAGCUGAUUGGAAACUUCAUUAUGGCAUUGAUCAUUGGAAGUGUGUUCUAUCAGAUGAAGGAUGACACUUCUAGUUUCUACUCUCGCGGUGCUUUGCUUUUCUUCGCCGUCUUGCUCAACGCCUUCUCCAGUGCCCUCGAAAUCUUAACGCUUUAUGCUCAACGUCCCAUUGUCGAGAAGCAAUCUCGUUACGCCAUGUACCACCCGUUCGCCGAAGCCAUCGCCUCCAUGCUCUGCGACAUGCCUUACAAGAUCGGAAACGCGAUUAUCUUCAACAUCACGCUCUACUUCAUGACAGGUCUCCGCCAAACCCCCGGUGCAUUCUUCACGUUCCUCCUCUUCUCCUUCGUCACCACCUUGACCAUGUCGAUGCUUUUCCGGACGAUCGCCUCCUCGUCUCGAACCUUGUCCCAGGCUCUGGUGCCCGCUGCCAUCCUUAUCUUGGGUUUGGUCAUCUACACCGGGUUUACCAUCCCCACCAAGAACAUGCUUGGAUGGUCACGCUGGAUGAACUAUAUCAAUCCGAUCGCCUAUGGUUUCGAGAGUUUGAUGGUCAACGAAUUCCACAACCGUCGCUUCCCCUGUGCUCAAUCGGGCUUUGUUCCUUCUGGUGCUGAGCUCGGGUAUGCCAAUGUCCCCUUGGCGAACAAGAUCUGUUCCACUGUCGGCGCCGUUGCGGGCUCCCAAUUCUUGGAGGGAGAUGAUUAUCUGCACCAGAGCUUCGCCUACUACAACAACCACAAGUGGAGAAACUUGGGUAUCAUGUUUGCGUUCAUGAUUUUCUUCAUGGUCACUCACUUGGCGACUACCGAGUACAUUUCAGAGGCCAAAUCGAAGGGCGAGGUGCUGCUUUUCCGUCGUGGUCAGGCUCCUCCGGCUGAAUCCAACGAUAUCGAGAUGACCUCCAAUAUUGGCGCCACCGCCAAGACGAACGAGAGCCCCGAAGGCGCUGCCAUUCAGAGACAAGAAGCUAUCUUCCAAUGGCAGGAUGUCUGCUAUGACAUCAAGAUUAAGGGUGAGCCGCGUCGGAUCUUGGACCACGUUGAUGGCUGGGUCAAGCCGGGCACUUGCACUGCUCUUAUGGGUGUUUCUGGUGCGGGUAAAACCACGCUUCUCGAUGUGCUCGCUACGCGUGUGACUAUGGGUGUCGUGACUGGCGAGAUGCUGGUGGACGGUCGUCCUCGCGAUCAGUCCUUCCAGCGGAAGACUGGUUACGUUCAGCAACAGGAUCUUCACUUGCACACUACCACCGUCCGCGAGGCCCUUCGUUUUAGCGCUAUUCUUCGUCAGCCUGCGCACGUCAGUCGCCAGGAGAAGCUUGACUAUGUCGAAGAGGUGAUCAAGCUUCUGGGUAUGGAGGCAUAUGCGGAUGCGGUUGUUGGUGUUCCUGGUGAAGGUCUGAACGUCGAACAACGCAAGCGUCUUACUAUCGGUGUGGAAUUGGCCGCCAAACCCCAGCUUCUUCUCUUCCUCGACGAGCCUACGUCCGGUCUUGACAGUCAAACUUCUUGGUCGAUUCUCGAUCUCAUCGAUACCCUGACUAAGCACGGCCAGGCUAUCCUGUGCACUAUUCACCAGCCUUCAGCUAUGCUUUUCCAACGGUUCGACCGCUUGUUAUUCCUUGCCAAGGGUGGAAAGACCGUGUAUUUCGGUGAAAUCGGCGACAAAUCGUCGACGCUCUCUAGCUACUUCGAAAGAAACGGAGCGCCUAAGCUUCCUGCCGAUGCUAACCCCGCAGAAUGGAUGCUUGAAGUUAUUGGUGCCGCCCCCGGCUCGCACAGCGACAUUGACUGGCCUGCUGUCUGGCGCGAGAGUCCCGAGCGCGCAGCGGUUCGCGAACAUUUGGCUGAGCUGAAAUCGACCCUUUCGCAAAAGCCUGUGCAACAGUCCCAGAAUGACCCGAACAGCUUCAACGAGUUCGCCGCCCCGUUCACCGUGCAGCUCUGGGAGUGCUUGGUCCGUGUGUUCUCCCAGUACUGGCGUACUCCCGUGUACAUCUACUCCAAGGCCUGCCUGUGUAUCCUCACAGCGAUGUACAUCGGUUUCUCGUUCUUCCACGCCCACAACAGUCAACAGGGUCUCCAGAACCAAAUGUUCAGUAUUUUCAUGCUGCUUACUAUCUUCGGUAACCUGGUGCAACAAAUUAUGCCUAACUUCUGCACUCAGCGUUCGCUGUACGAGGCGCGCGAGCGGCCUUCUAAGACCUACUCGUGGCAAGCCUUCAUGACCGCCAAUAUCAUGGUCGAACUGCCCUGGAACACGCUCAUGAGCGUCCUGAUCUACGUCUGCUGGUACUACCCUAUUGGCCUGUACCGCAACGCCGAGAAGACCAACGCGGUCAGCGAGCGUGGCGCGCUGAUGUGGCUCCUGAUCUGGUCGUUCCUCAUGUUCACCUCGACCUUUGCCCACAUGAUGAUCGCCGGUAUCGAGCUCGCCGAGACCGGCGGUAACCUGGCCAACCUGCUCUUCUCGCUGUGCCUUAUCUUCUGUGGUGUCCUCGCGACCCCCGAAGUGCUCCCCGGUUUCUGGAUCUUCAUGUACCGCGUGUCCCCGUUUACGUACCUCGUGUCCGGCAUGUUAUCGACGGGUGUGUCCGGCGCCGACGCGAUUUGCGAGAACUACGAGUUCCUCCGCUUUCCCCCGCCGGCCAACCAGACCUGCGGCGACUACAUGUCCAACUACAUCGCCGCCAAAGGUGGAUAUCUGCAGGACCCAGGCUCGACCACGGACUGCAACUUCUGCUCAAUCUCGAACACCGACACAUUCCUGGCGGCCGUGCACAGCGACUUUAAGGAUGCCUGGCGCAACUUCGGUCUCAUGUGGGUGUACAUUGUGUUCAACGUGUUUGCUGCUGUCGGCAUUUAUUGGCUGGCGCGUGUGCCCAAGGGCUCGCGCACUAAGAACUAG